UUCUUUGCCACACCCACACGCGCACGCAUCGCCGCCCCGGCGACGAGAACCACCGCUCCUCCGUCAACCCACGCCUUUCUCUAGAACGCCCGGCCUGUAUAAAAGGAGGCCGUAGCAAAGCAGGAACUCAUCGACAUUCGAUAGCCAGCUCCGAGUCCUGUCGAGAUACGCACGCACGCACUCUGAUCAUUUACAACUGUUUUCUGCAUGGCUUCCUCCGCGUCUCUCCUCCUCCUCUUCGUCGUCGCCGCUUCGCACGUGUGCUGCAGCCACGGGCAAGGCGGUGACGAGGGUGCCGUGGCGGCGAUCUACAGCCUGGGCGACUCCAUCACGGACACGGGGAACCUGGCCAAGGAGGCGCCGCCCGGCGCCUUCGAGACCAUCAAGCACCUCCCCUACGGCGUCACCUUCGGCCGCCCCACCGGCCGAUGCUCCGACGGCCUCCUCAUCAUCGACUUCCUAGCUCAGGACAUGGGCCUCCCGUUCCUCAACCCUUACCUGGCCAAGAACAUGAGCUUCGACCACGGGGUGAACUUCGCCGUCGCCGGAGCCACCGCCAUGGACCCCACCGACCUGUUCAAUCGCACCUUCUCCAUGCCUUUCACCGCAAAUUCCCUCAAGCUGCAGCUCCAGUGGUUCAAGGACUUCAUGAAGUCCACCUUCGACACUGACCAAGAAAUUCGCAAGAGGCUCCAAUCUUCUCUGGUUUUGGUCGGGGAGAUCGGAGGAAACGACUACAACUUCGCCUUCUACGCGAACAAGUCCGUCAGUGAGGUGGAGAAAAUGAUCCCAGCUGUGGUUGAGACCAUCAUCAACGCCACCAAGCAAGUGCUUGACAUGGGCGCAAGCAGAGUCAUCGUCCCGGGCAACUUCCCCAUCGGCUGCCUCCCGAGCUACCUCACCGCAAUGGCCAUGCCGGAGCCGUCGGCCUACGACUCCACGGCGUGCCUCAAGGACCUCAACCUCUUCGCCGCCAAGCACAACACGCAGCUCCAGCAAGCCGUGGCCGCUCUCCGGGCGUCAUACCCUGACGCGGCCAUUGCCUACGCCGACUACUUCAACUCCUUCCUCAGCCUCCUCAAGGGCGGCCCGGCGCUCGGCUUCGACGCGAAUAGCACGCACAAGGCCUGCUGCGGCGCCGGCGGCAGGUACAACUACGACUUGAGGCUGAUGUGCGGCGUGGAGGGGACGGCGGUGUGCGCGGACCCGUCGGCGUACGUGAGCUGGGACGGCAUCCACAUGACCCAGGCGGCGUACAAGGCCAUGUCCAGGCUCAUCUACCACGGGAGGUACCUGCAGCCACAGAUACUCAGCUUCCGGGAGAAGAAUGGGCAGACAUAAUGAACUGUUUGAUUCUCCCCUAGACUAGACGAUGGAAGCCUCACCGCAACAUUUUGAGCCUUCGAUGAGUUCUUCCAUGGCUAUGCUAUAUAUGCACUCUGCACUAUGUAUCCAGAUUAAACUACUCCGACCUAAAGUAAAAGUAAAGAUGCAGUUUUGGCAUGUUGAGCAGGGUACACAGUUACAAACAAA